CUUGUGGUGUUUCCACCUCCCUCAAGCACAGCCAGGAGGGAGAAAGAGAGAAGAAGGCUGGGUCGCUUUCGCUUCUGCGUUGUGUGUUGUGGUAUUUUGGGGGGAAACGUCGAUUCCUUGGGGCACAAAGUCGGCCUUCUUCCAGGGUGAGAUGCAGCACCAAACAGAUAUGAUACACAGCAUUUAAGAAGAUCACCUUAAAGGAAAUGUAAACAUUUGACUGGUUGGGAGACUACAUUGAUGGGAAAUAGUGGAAAUAUCUCCUAGUACUCCCUCCCUUCGAUUCUUAGCUUGAGUGGGAACAUCUGGGAGUGAUCCUCUGUUGGCCUCUGCCCUCUCUAUUUGUCAGAAAUUAAUCACUGCUUGAGGGAAUUUAUCAGCUUGCCCAGAUUUUGGUGUACUAAUAAGUCAUCGCUUCCUGCCCCAGGAAGACUAUAUUUGAGCAAUGGAGAAAAUAAUUUCAUGGUUAAGGAACUUGUGUCCUGGGAGUGAGACAGAUGAAGGAAAAUCAAUUCUACAAAAAAGCCCAAGUGCUGAGGAUAAGGAAUCAUACUAUGCCAGCAUCAGUGAAGGGGACUCUGCAGAUGUGUCCUGUGUACCUUGGCCAGGCAUCGCCAACCGGGACUCUGUCACCUGUCCUACUUGCCAGGGUACUGGGAGAAUCCCCCGAGAACAAGAGCAACAGCUAGUAGCCCUCAUUCCAUAUGGAGAUCAGCGACUGAAACCCAGAAGAACGAAGCUGUAUGUAACCCUUACAGUGGCUAUUUGCCUGCUGAUGACAUGUCUCAUGAUGUAUUUCCUGUUCCCACGCUCCAUUGCAGUGAUCCCCAGUGGUCUCAAUGCCUCUUCCAUCUCCUUUGACAAUUCUACUCCCAGCAUCACCCUCAAUAUGACUAAUAUCCUCAAUGUGACAAACAACAACUUUUACCCAAUACGUGUGAUUCAGCUAGCUCUUGAAGUCUUGCACAAGACACUGGUGAUUGGGAAAAACACAGUGAUGACCCAACUGGACAUCCGACCCCUGCAAGGUGCUCAGAUACUUUACAAUGUCUCCAGUACAAUCCUGGAUAAUAACACUUACAAAAUAUGCACGUGGUCUAGAAUAAAAGUUCACAAUGUUCUACUGCACAUACAAGGUACUCUGACUUGCUCUUAUCUCUCACACACGGAGCAGCUGUCCUUUGAAAACUACCAGUAUGUGGACUGCAGAGGCAAUGCCAUCAUCCCCAUUAUGUCAUGAAUCUACAGCUUUCUGUGGCUGCUGUGAACUCCUAGGGGAGCUGCUGCUGUGGGCCUGCCUUUGGUUCUCUUCAGUGAAAAGGCUGCUGCAUCAUUUUCAGCCCAUCCAUGGGAUUCAGGUGGGAGUGGCAGGAUGAAAGGAUCUGCAGCUUUGAUUCAAUAUUACCAAGAAGGCAGCAUCUGUGGCAGGACAUGUCUUCUCGUUUAAAGAUCUGAGGACAUUAUUGACUAAAAGGAGCAGCUUUAUUACAUCCCACUGUGUAAUGCACAGAAAUGCAGGAUUGUGUGAAGGAACUUGCUUAGAGCUGUGCUGCAUGACGCAUUGGCUGACUGCUGAAAUUGCAUUGACCUUUUGUAAAUGUUUCCUGGAAGCUGCUGGCCUGGAGCUUGAUUUAUCAGUCCUUGAAGGGCUGGAAGCUGACCUCUAAGGCUUCUUCAUUGGUUAAAACUAUGUUAGCCCAUAUUUAACCAGGAGGGAGGAACUUUGUUUGGACUUUGCACCAUGACUUCAGCAGGCAAGCACUUGUUGGAAUGAAGCACUGUGUGUAUUCUUCUCAUACCUUAUUCUUCUCCCCCAUCAAUUGGUCAGCGUUUUGUAGUGUGUCCACAAAGAGAUUGGGGGAGGAGAGUAUAUAGCACAGAGAAGUCUUAGGAAACCACAAAUAAUUCCAUGUUUAAUGUCUAUGUUUUAAAAAUCCAUCUCUUUCUACAUCCAAAACUCACUCACUUUGUCUCCCCCCUUUUGAGUAGAGAGAGAAUAAAAAUAAAGUUCUAUUGAUAUCAUAUUUGUCUGGGCAAUGUGGACAUUUUCC